GCGGGUGUCUUCUAGUUCUAAGCCCUGAGGUAAAUGGAGUGAGCUGAGGGGGUGAGGUUCUCCUAACCCUUCAGAGUCAAAAAUAAGUAUUCAAUAAAAGACAAUGUCCGAGGUAAAUGCCUCGACACGUCCGAAGGCAACGCCGAAUGGAUCAAGUCGGCAUGAGAAAAGUUUGGGUCUCCUCACAAUGAAGUUUGUGACAUUACUGCAAGAAGCUAAGGACGGAGUACUCGAUUUGAAAGUGGCAGCAGACACACUGGCCGUCAGGCAGAAAAGGAGGAUCUAUGACAUUACAAAUGUACUAGAGGGAGUGGGACUCAUUGAGAAGAGGACUAAAAACACCAUCCAGUGGAAAGGUGAGAAAUCAGGAUGCCAAACUCAAGAGAUGCUUGAUCAGGUGGAGCACCUGAAAGCCCAGAUCCUAGAGCUGGAGAUGAAGGAGUGUGAACUUGACCAGCAGGAGGCCUUAGUCCAGGAGUGCCUCAAAAAUCUAAGUGAAGACCCCAUAAACAGCAGUUAUAAAUAUGUGACGCAUGAGGACAUAUGCGAUUCAUUCAGUGGAGACACCCUCCUGGCUGUCAUGGCCCCCUCAGGAACAGAGCUAGCGGUGGCUGGACCGGCUCAGACUGGCAAGAAGAGGUACCAGGUGAAGUUGCGGAGUCAGCUGGCUCCCAUCCAGGUCCUCCUGAUCAACAGGGAGUCCAGCGGUGCCAAGCCUGUGGUGUUCGCUGUCCCUCCCCCUGAGGACAUCUCGGUGAUGCCCACUCCCCCCAGCACUCCGGCAGGGCUCCAGAGGUGCUCGCUGGCACAGGCCGCCGGUCUGGAGCAGAACCAGCUCAAGACCAGGACCCACAUCACACCUUCGUCCUCUCCACCAGACACGCAUAUGGAUUGUCACCCUGAGACUCCCGAGAGCCUAAGUCUCCUGGUGCAGGACUCCAUGGCUGGCUCGGACACCCAGGUGCCCAUGGAGGGGGCGGACCUGCAGUGCAUCCUGGAGCAGAUGAAGGAGGAGCGGGAGGGUGUUGCUGACCUCAUAGACGAACUGAUGUCAUCUGAUGUGUUCCCCCUGCUGCGACUCUCGCCCAACCCAGGAGUGGAUUUCAGCUUCAGCCUCGAUGACAGCGAGGCUGCCUGUGAUCUGUUUGAUGUGCACAUCCUUAAUUAUUGAUUAAGUGCGUCUCUCUGCAUCUUUAGGCUGCUCAAUCAACACCGUGUCUGUACUGUAUACCUUCUGGUGAGCCAAGGUAUUUAUUUAAGCCCAUUGUGAAUGUCUCCCUAUACACUAUACAUUGAGUUGAUGAACACUGCCAACACAGAGACAGUGGUAAUCUUUGCCUGCCACAUGCCUCCCAGGAUCUUUUGCUCCUUAUGAUCAUUAUUAUUCUUAUUCUUAUUCUUAUUCUUACUAUAUGGUUGAAAAUGUGCAUGCUCUCAGACAGCCACCUAGUGGCAUAACAAGCUCUUAAUGUCUUGGUGCUGACUUGAUCUCAUGAGGACAGCAGCCAUGGUUUUAUGUUUCCCAGACAGUUUGCACGGUGCUCAGGGAUGACUGAUUGACAAGUGUUUUUUUUUUUGUUUGUUUGAGGGCAUGAGGGGACAUCUUGAGCUGAGUGACCGUUGGUGAGUGGGUGGGUCGAGGUCUGAUAUCUUUAUGAUUCUUUAGAUAUCGAGCCAGUGGUUGGGUGUUGCCAUAUUAUUCCUCCUUGUAGUAUAUGCCAUGAUACUUAUCUUACUAUUUUUGCCAGGGACAAUGAAGCUUGAGAUAAUUUAUGGUGCCUGAAGUCAGGAGUUGCUCCUUAAUUAUUGUUAUCCAGUGUUUUCUCAUAGGAGAGCACACCCCCCAUAAAAAGUAGUGAUCAAAAAGGUAGCUUGAUGAGCAAGAUUCUGAAGCUUACAGUAUGAUCCCCCAGAUUGUGGUUGGUGAAUAUACUGAUAUAUUCAGCGUAGGUCAUUCUGAUGAAGCACACUACAUUGAUAGUCUCAAUGCCACAGGCAUGCUAUUGAAUGUGUCAAUUUCUGAAAUCUAUACAGUAUGAAAGGAAAGAGACAUUUGUAUUUAUGUUUUUGACAGCAGUUUCUGAACUAAUGUGACACUGCCAUUUUUGUGAAGACAUUUUUUUGUUGUUCACUAAUUAUUUAUAGUUAUUUGUAAGUUUGCGUUUCUUAACAUAAAAGAUUACUAUUUUGUACCUAAAAAUAUAUAGUUCUCCUUUGAAGGAGGACUCUAAAAUGGUAACUGCCUUUGAUAAUCUGCCUUGAUUGGCAAAAGAGUGCCUUUUGUAUACUUCUUAGUUUGCCACAUAUCUGUUGUUCUUUAAGCAGUACAGUUAUCUAUUUUUUUGUUCAGUUUAUUUUUUACAUACUUGUAAAGCCAAAGUUUGGUAUUAAAAGAAAACUACUGCCUUGA